AUGUUUAUCAGAGGAAGGAGACUUGUAUCUGUGCGAUUGGCGCAACCCCUCAAGGGUCUGAGAGUUAACUACCCAUCAUAUGUUGGAAUUACUCAUGCUAACUAUCCCAUAUAUAGUAGAAUCCAAAAAUUUACCACGACAAAUACCAAUUUUAAUGAGAACAAGAAAGCAGAUGGGAAGGACAUUCAGAAGAAGACAGUGAAGACAACUAAGUUAACGAAACCCACAGAUUUACCAACAAAAUUAACUCUUGGCCAAAAAAUUUCCAAGGAACUAAAACAUUACUGGCAUGGAACAAAACUAUUGGGGUAUGAGAUCAAACUUUCAACCAAAUUAUUGGCCAAGAUGUUGUCCGGAUAUGAGUUAACAAGAAGGGAGUACAAUCAAUUAAAGACUACAACAUCCGAUAUUCUCAGAUUGAUUCCAUUCUCAGUGUUUGUGAUAGUUCCAUUUGCGGAAUUGCUUUUACCCAUCACAUUAAAAUUCUUCCCGAAUUUACUUCCGUCAACCUAUGAAAGUGAGGCAGAUAAAAAAAAGAAGGUGAAAGUGCUCAGUCAGACCAGGAAGAAGGCAAGCCAUUUUAUACGUCAGACCAUGCAGGAGUCUGGAUUACAGCCGCCAAAAGUUGAUGAUGACAAGAAGAAGCUUUUCACGAAUUUUUACAUUACUCUCAACAAGGGUCUUAAACCUUCACAUGAAGAUUUAAUUAAAAUUGCACGAUGUUUCAAGAAUGAUCAGGUUUUAGAUAACUUAUCCCGCCCACAACUAAUGGCGAUGGCAAAGUAUAUGGGAUUGACGCCUUAUGUAUCAGAUGAAAUUCUUCGUUAUCAAAUCAGAAGCAAGCUUGUGAAGAUUAUUCGUGAUGACAGAGCUAUUGAUUACGAGGGAGUCGGAAGCCUUACAAUCCCUGAAUUGAGGACUGCUUGCGCCUCUCGGGGAAUAAAAAUUUCCGAUGCAUCUCCUGCAAAGCUAAGAGAUGAUCUUAAUAUCUGGUUGGAUUUACGUCUAAGAAGAAAAAUUCCAAGUGCGUUGCUUAUCCUUUCGUCAACCUUUACCUAUGGUGAUCAUGCUGAUGAUUUGGAUAGCUACUACGAUGCGCUACUUGCAGUCCUUAGCUCUAUUCCGGAUGAACUUUACAAUGUUACCAAAUUGGAAAUGUUCCAGGAUGAUGACAAACUUAAGUUGGAUAUUCUAAAGGAACAGGACCAGUUGAUCCAGGAAGAAAAUGCCCAAAACAAGGGUAUCGUUAAAAACGUUAAGGAUGUCUUGAAAUUGGAUGAGAUAGAAAACGAGGGGUCUGAAAGCAGUGCAAAAGCCUCAAGGAACGAGAAGGCGGAGGAGAAGGAGAAGGAGGAGGAGAAGAAGAAGAAGAAGAAAGAAUCCGUUGAUGUGAAGAAAUAA